AUGUCAAUCCAGACAAACACACCCAUAUCUACUCGUAAAGAUCUUAGAAUAUGGUACAACGACGGAAAUGUCGUCAUUAUCGCGGAAGAUGUCGCAUUCCGUGUUCACCAAUCAAUUCUCUCAAGCAAUUCGGACGUGUUCCGGGAUCUCUUCCAAGUUCCACAACCUCCUACUCCAUCGGACGGGGACACCUUUGAAGGCUUCCCCGCCGUUCAUUCCCACGACAAAUCGUGCGACAUGGCCGAAUUUCUGGCGGUAUUGUAUGGUGGCAGCCAAUCUUUCAGCCCUGCUGUCUUGUACUCGUUGCCUAAGCUCAUUGCCGUAGCACGGCUAAGCCACAAGUACCAAUGCGAGGAUCUCCUUGCUGCCGCGCUCUCUCGUCUACAGGAUGUAUUCCCCACCAAAUUCGCGAGCUGGUGCACGUCCACACUCAACGCGCCGGAAUCGGGACCGGCCGCGUGUGAACGUCCGCGGCUUGCCCACGUAAUUUCCGCCAUCAACCUCUACCGUUAUAUUGGACGCAACGACAUCCUCCCCGUUGCUUUCUACUUCUGUGCCCUCGUAGACCCCCUAGAUCUCAUCAACGGAGUCAGCACCCCGGAGAUCGGGACGAUCGAACGCCUCUCACCUUCAGACUUGGCUCAAUGCAUCCGGCUGAGGACCGCGUUGGGGAUUAGGUGGACGCAUUGCUUACAUUACGCUGUGAAAACUGGACACGACCACGACAACGAAACGGAGAAGGGUAGGGUCUGCAAAAUCGCCAUGGAGUACUUGCUUCAAAGCGCAGAGGAGACGUUCGACGACGUCGGUUGUGGAUACGGGCUUCUUCGGAAUUGGAAAAGUAGCCUGCCGGUGGGAGUGAUAGAUCAAUGCUUCGGUAACUUUACAACGAUAUGGUCCGUCACGCAGAAGGAGUUGUGGGGCGACCUGCCGGAGCUCUGCGGGCUUGGAGAGAUCAACGGCUGGUCUGAAUAG